ACAGAAAAACAGCGAAUGGCUAUUUCUUACAGGCUUUUGGAACAAGACGCAAUUCCAGAUUACCUUCUGCAGGGUUCUAAAAUGUCUGAUCGCUUACUCCCAUCUAAUGGCUCUGGACUGCCGGCUGACUCCACACCAGGGGAGAAGAAACUGCGCUGGGCAGCUCUCCUGAUCUUCAUGGUGAUAAUACCGACAAUCGGGGGUAACAUUCUCGUGAUCCUCGCCGUGUCCCUGGAGAAAAAGCUGCAGUACGCCACCAACUACUUUCUGAUGUCACUGGCAGUAGCUGAUCUGCUGGUGGGGCUGUUUGUGAUGCCGAUUGCCCUCCUUACAAUCAUGUUUGAGCCGAUGUGGCCGCUUCCGCUUGUCCUCUGUCCCGCCUGGCUAUUUCUGGACGUCCUUUUUUCUACCGCAUCCAUCAUGCAUCUCUGUGCUAUCUCCGUGGACCGUUACAUAGCCAUCAAAAAACCCAUCCAGGCCAGUCAAUACAACUCCCGAGCAACAGCCCUCAUCAAGAUAACAGUGGUCUGGCUCAUUUCGAUAGGCAUUGCUAUCCCGAUCCCAGUUAAAGGCAUAGAGGCAGGUGUGGGGGACCCCACCAACAUCACAUGCGCGAUAACAAAGGAACGUUUUAGAAACUUCAUGCUCUUCGGUUCUCUGGCUUCCUUCUUCAUGCCCCUCGCCAUUAUGGUCAUCACUUACUUCCUCACUAUCCAAGCUCUUCGGAAGAAAGCAUACUUGAUCAAACACAAGCCACCACAGCGUUUCACGUGGUCCACUGUGUCCACGGUUUUCCAAAGGGAUGAAACACCUUGUUCAUCUCCUGAAAAGGUGGCCAUGCUGGAUUUUUCUCCCAAGAAUAAAACGGUGCCUAACGCGAGUGAUGAAAUGCUUAUCCGACGAAUGUCCAGCAUUGGAAAAAAGUCUGUUCAAACAAUUACCAACGAACAGAGGGCUUCCAAGGUCCUGGGGAUUGUGUUUUUCCUUUUUCUGUUGAUGUGGUGUCCUUUCUUUAUCACAAAUGUAACUCUAGCUUCAUGUGAUUCCUGUAGCCAGAGCACGCUCCAAAAGCUUCUGGAGAUAUUUGUCUGGAUAGGCUAUGUUUCUUCAGGGGUUAAUCCUUUGGUCUACACACUCUUUAACAAGACCUUUCGGGACGCAUUUGGUCGCUACAUCACGUGCAAUUAUCAGGCUACCAAGGCAAGGAAGCCCCUUCGGAAAUGUUCAAGCAAGAUGUCCUUUAGGAAUUCCAUGGCAGAGGACUCCAAGUUCUUUGUGAGACAAGGAGUGAGAAACGGGAUUAACCCUGUCAUGUACCAGAGCCCAAUGAGACUCUGUAGUUCUCCCAUACAGUCCCCCUCCACCACUCUACUGGACACACUAUUUCUCACUGAAAAUGAAGUGGAUAAAACUGAAGACCAAGUCAGCUAUGUGUAG